CGGGGGCCCUGGGGCCUCUCGAGCAGCAGCAGCAGCAGCAGCGGCUCAGAUGCGGAGCCCAUCGCAGCGCCCCAGCUUCCGUAUGGCAGCAGCAGCAACAGCAGCAGCAGCAGCAGCAGCAAAAGCCGCAACGGCAGACAAGCAGCACACUGCGUAGCGCCUGGCUUCUUGGGGGCCCCCCAAGCAGCAAGUCCAAGGGGCCCCCUGGAGCCUCAGGGGGCCCCUCUGGAGGCUGAGAGGACCCCCGCAGUUUUGCACAGCAAUGAAGGACGCAGCACAGUUGCUGCUGCUGCUGCUGCUGCUGCCGAGGCAGCAGCCGAUGCCCCAACGCCGCUGCUCCUCGAAGCCCCCACUGUUUUCGGCUGGUGGAGCCCCACAGGUCUUUCCAGUGAGCAGCAGAAGCAAGGUGCAGGGCAGCCACAUGAAGCACAAGAGCUGCAGCAGGCAACUAACGGGCUGCAGCAGCAGCCGCAGCAGCAGCGCGAGGUGGAACAGCAGCAGCAACAGCCUGCGCAUAUUCCAGAGCAACGAGUGGGAAUGCAGCAGCAACACGAAAUGCAGCGGCAACAGCCACAGGAGCAGCACGAAGGGCAGCAGCAACCGCAUCAAGCGCAGGCGAAUCUCGAACAAGAGCCAGAGGAAGAGCAGCAGGAAGUUCAGGAGAAUCCGCAGCAGGAGGUGCAGCAGCAGCUGCAGGAGCCGCAUGAGCUGCAGCAGCAAGUCCAGCAGGAGCAGCCGCAGGAGCAGCACGAGCUCCAGCAGGAAGCGCAGCAGCAGCAAGUGCAGGAACUGCAGGAAGAUCUCCAGGGCCUGCAGCAGGAAAAGCAACAGGAGCAAGUCCAGCAGCAGCAGGAACUGCAGCAGAAGCAGCAAGAAGCGCAAUGGGAGCCACAGAAACAGCCGGAGCAGGGGCAGCAGGAGGCAAAUCAGCGGCGGCAGGACACGGAAGAAACGCAGCAGCAGCAGCAGCAAGAAGUGCAGCAGCAGCAGCAAGAAGAGCGGCAGCAGCAAGAGCAGCAGCAGCAGCAAGAAGUGCAACAGCAGGAGCAGGAGCAGCAGCAGCAGCAAGAAGUGCAGCAGCAGCAGCAGGAGCAGCAGCGGGUGAAAGAGCUCGAGACAGUAGCGGAGGACUUGAACUCUGGGGGCCCCUCUAGUGACCCUCUGGAGGGGCCCCCGGCUACGGAAGAUUGCGAAAAGGGCACAGGAAGGGGGGCCACCAGUGGUUCUGCUGCCGCUUUGCUGCUGCAUCCUUGCAGGGAGGGGCCCCCACCAGAGGCCGAAGCAGACUCAGGCAGUCGGGUUGAAGGUCUCCCAACGGAGCAGCAGCAUCAGCAGCAGCAGCAGCAGCAGCAGGGGCAGCAGCAGCAAGAGCAUCUUUCUUUAGGGGCCGUUUUGGUUGAAUCAGAUAAAGAAGAAGCUGCAGCAAAGACAAAUUUGCCUCCAGAUGAGGAAAAGGGCACAGGGGGCCCCUCAGAGGGGCCCCCAGAAACAGCUUUGGCGGGGGCCCCUGGGGGGCCCCCCAAUGGCUGGGAAGUGCUGGACCUCGAAGGGGAUGAGAUUGUGCUUUCAGAUGAUGGGGCCCCCGGGGACCCCCAAAAGGGUCCCCCGCAGACCCCUUUUUGUGUUCCCCCUCUGGUUGUUUCCUUAGCAGACUCUGAGGGAGAGUCAGGGCCUUCUCCCUGCCCCUCAAUGCUGCAGCAGCAGCAGCAGCAUGUGCAGCAAGAGCUGGAAGCAGCAGCAGAGACAGAUGAGAACCUUCCCCAGCAGCAGCAGCAGCACAGCCAUGUGGUGCUCUCUGAAGAGAGCAGCCCAAAGCGCGAGUCGCUUUCCCCUCUUUCGCGCCCCAGGACAGCAGCAGCAGCAGCAACAGCAGCAGCAGCAGCAGCAGUAGGUGGCCCCUCUGCUUUGUGGUUUAGAAGUUUGGGCGAUUUGGGCCUCCAGGGCCACCGGCCAGCAGCAGAGCCGCGGGUGUCGCGCUGCGGUGUAUUGACAGCUGGUAAGAAUCGGGGGCCCCACACUUUUUGA